AUAAGCUUGUUUCCCCGUAGAGACCUAAAUUUAGUUCCCCAUUGUGACUCAAGUCCCCAUGAGUUGGUGUGUAUUCAGGUUUAAGUCACAACCGGGAUAGGAAAAUAUGCACUUGCAACAUCUUUAUAACCCCUUAUCCAAUUUUAUAGCCCACCCAUAUUAAACAAUGCCCCCUGACCAUUCUUCAGUGCUCUAAUACCUGAAUGUCUUUUUCAGCCAUAUAAUAAUAUGUGUUCAUAUAUAAAUGUACAUCAUACAUAGAAAACUCUACAGAUUUGCUAUUUUUAACAUAUACAAGAGUGUUAAGAUGGUGGACUUGUGCCAGGGCGUCCCUAAACAAAGACACAUGUUCACUCCUCCGCACAGGAGUAAAUCUCCUACCCUCCCCCAUCUCAGGACACAGGUGAGCUCUGAACGUCUGCUCACACAAGCUGCACAGCUUCACUAAGGCAACACAGAAACAAACGAAUGAAUGAAGACUCUGACCUCAGGACACCACAUAGCUACAUUUAGAGACUUUUUCAAUUUAUCCCACAGUGAUUGUGUUUACAGAGCUUGAGCUUACAGGCAGUGUUCUUUGGAGGAUUUUUAAUUGUUGUGAAGUUUAAAAUGGAACUACAGAAAAUGUCAAACGGUCACCAUGAGCUCAGCCCUGGCAAAAUUCCAGAGAAUGGAUUUGAUGCCCUUGAAAACAUGACAGAGGGAGAUAACUUCCUCCCCACCAAAAGCAAUGGAAAUACAGAGACUCAGUUUACAGAUUUUGAGGGAAAGACUUCUUUCCAAAUGUCUAUUUUCAACCUCAGUAAUGCCAUUAUGGGCAGUGGAAUUCUGGGACUGGCUUACGCCAUGGCCAACACCGGAAUCAUCCUUUUUGUAAUCCUGUUGAUACUCAUCGCUCUUCUCUCUGCCUACUCCAUUCACCUGCUUCUGAAGACUGCAGGAGUGGUUGGCAUCCGUGCAUAUGAACAGCUUGGGUACCGUGCAUUUGGUCCACCAGGGAAAAUCUUAGCAGCAUGCAUUAUAACACUGCACAACAUUGGAGCAAUGUCCAGUUACCUGUUCAUUGUGAAGAUAGAGUUACCUUAUAUUAUUCAGGGUCUUAUGGAACUGCCAGAAAACUCAACUUACUGGUUUGUUGAUGGGAGGUGUCUCAUCAUCAUCGUUAGUGUCGGCAUCAUUCUUCCCCUGGCGUUAAUGAAACGACUUGGGUAUCUGGGCUACACCAGUGGUUUCUCUCUCAGCUGCAUGGUCUUCUUCCUCAUAUCUGUUAUCUACAAGAAGUUUGUCACAGAGUGUUCUUUAGAACACAGCUAUAAUGAAACUGGUGUCACUGAAAGCAUAAACAACUCUACGGAUGACACGUGUGAAGCCAAAUUUGUAACUAUCAACCCACAGACUGCUUUUACCAUUCCCAUUAUGGCUUUUGCUUUUGUGUGCCAUCCUGAAGUGUUGCCCAUUUAUACAGAACUCAAAACUCCAAACAAGACACGCAUGCAAAACGUUGCAAAUAUCUCUAUUUUGGCCAUGUUUGUCAUGUAUCUGCUGACUGCCAUCUUUGGCUACCUCACCUUCUAUGGAAAUGUGAAGUCAGAGCUUCUGGAGAUGUACAGUAAAAAAGACACCCUGAUGCUGUGUGUUCGGCUGGCUGUGCUGAUAGCAGUGACGCUGACCGUUCCAGUGGUCCUCUUCCCGAUUCGUCGUGCCGUCUUGCAGCUUCUUUUCCCUGAUAAGCCUUUCCACUGGGUGCGUCACAUCUCCAUCGCUGUGUGUCUCCUCUUCUUAGUCAACCUGCUCGUCAUCUUCGUGCCCAACAUUCGUGACAUCUUCGGCUUCAUCGGUGCCACAUCUGCUCCCAGCCUCAUUUUCAUUCUUCCGGGAAUAUUCUACAUUUGCAUCGUCCCUGAAGAACAGGAGCCGUUGAAAUCUCGGCCAAAAAUCCAGGCAUUGGUGUUUGUGACACUGGGUUUCAUCUUCAUGAUUAUGAGCAUUACAUUCAUCAUGAUAGAGUGGGUCACCGGAAAGAAGACGUCGGGUGGCCACUGAAAGAGCUACAACUGGAUUACAACAUGUAAAGACCACAAUCUAAUACAGAACACAAACUCCUGCACCUGAAACCUCUGAACCAGGUUCAGUUUCAUUACUCUGAUAGAUAUCAUAUAUAUAUAUAAAAUCUCCAGGGGCUCUUUUGAGAACCAGGCUGAAAAACUUAUAUGCACCCCUGUUUAUAAAUGUAUUUUUAAUUAAAGACAAUUUUUCUUGCAAAAGUAUUGCUGUUAUGACUGGCAGAUGGAACUUCCUCAACUACACGAAACUGUGAAACUGAGAUGAGAAUUCACUCAUCUAUAUUGCCAAAGUUGUAAACAUGCAGUUUGAAGUCUACCUCCUGCUACACAGAGCAUUUUACACUGACAGUGUCUGUUUUUAUAAUUGAGCUCCAAAAGCCUUUCAUUAGUGAAAAUUCUAGUUCAAUACACAAUUUUUUUUCAUUCUAAAAACUAUUAAAAUUUAAGUGAAAUGUUAGAAUCUGAUGCUCCUAAACAACUGAAUUUUAUCAUAAUCAUUAUAAUUUAUUUGCUAAGAUUUUUGUCCUAAAACUAGAUUUAAAAACUAGGUUAAAUUUGAUUUUGAAUCCCAUAUUUUCUAUUUGGUCUCAAACCUUUGGACCCCACUGUAUGUGAAUUUCAGUUGAUAUGAUUCUUGAUAAAUGAUAGGCAGUUCUAUCAUUCAGCAGUCCCAAAAACAGUUUAUAACAUUAUUAAAAUAGGAAAAGUGUACAGUUUUGUGAUGAAUUUCAUCAAUAUGUUUAAGCACAAUGCUUAAAUGUCCGAUGAAGAACCUGAAGUAUUGGUACUUUUUCAGUUUUUUCUGUUACAUGAUCAAAGAAAUGAAAUCUAAAGAACAAGAUGUCUUACAGUACUCCAUUAGUUUUUAGUGCAGUUCUAGACACAUUCAUAUGACAACGUUUCUUUAUUCUGUUUUAUAGAGGAGAAGGUACAUAAAUCUCUGAAUACUAGUUAUCGAGUAAUAUUCAAGAAACACACAACACUUUUGAAGAUUUUUCAUGUUGUAUGUUAUUUUGUUUGUUGUAUGAUUGGAAAUACUUUUGAACAUCUUGAAAAUGAGCAUACUUUAACAAGCUUGAUAAAUUUGUGGUUUGCGUGGUGACAUGUUGUGUUUAAGUGUUACUCCACUCCAGAAAUGGACCAGACAAUAAUGAAUGAUGUUGAUCUUUUCUUUUGAAAGGUCACUACAGCAUAACACAGCAAUGCUGGGCCUGCAGAUUUCAUUAUCAACAAGUUUACUGAAAUGUGUCAUACUAUAAUAUGUCCGUUUCUGUUACACCUCAUCAGUAUCUGUGGGUUUACAUGGACCAGGACUACUUUAUCAUUAAUGUCAACAUGUAUGCUUAUUUUGUAUAGUCUUUUAUGUACAUAUUGUGUGUGAAAUGGAAGAAACUUUCUAUUAAUUGUUGUACAUAUGUGUACAUAUUCUGGUCUUUUUCACAGUAUGGACAUGAAUGCUGAGCAAAAAUGAAACAAAAUACUUAACAGAUCAAUAAUUAAUGGGAAGCUUAUUAAAUUUAAAUUGAUUCACAUUUUUUCCAAUGAUUUUUUUUUUUUUUUAAAGUGCCUGACAUUAAAUUAAUGGAAACAAUUUAAGCAUUUCACAUUACUCACACAUUCCAUGUUAGGAAAUACAUGUAUUUAUUGUUGAACACAUUGCUCUCUCUAGGCUUGAAUAAUAAAGUUGAAAGAUUGUUUAAA